AUGUUUCACUCCAGGAAGACCAAGAACAUCAAAGACUUGCCCGCCUUCAGCAGCCUUAAGGCUCAGGCCACCCUAGCAACCAAGAAAGUUGCAGAAAAACCCGAGGUUAAAGAGACCUCAGCACAGAAGAGGAAGUUGGAGGCAUUGUCCGAAGACAAUGACCCCAAUCCAGCAAAACGAAUCAGAAGGGCCCGGGAGCUGGUGGCUAAGCUCAAGGCCCUUAACGAGAAGGGUCCCAAGGCACUGGUGGAUAUGGGAAAUCCGCCAGUGACCCCACAGAACAAGGUCUUGGGCGCCUUGAAGAUUUGGGACUAUUCGCCGCCGAAGACGACAGAGAGCGACAAGGCGAUCCGUCUCCUCGUUGAGGAGCGGAUGAACAACGAGGCCAAGUGCCAAGGGCUCCCGGAGAGGACGAGAGCCAUUGUGCUCGAGGCGCGUGUUCACGCCGAGAAGAAGAAGGCGAAGGUGGAGGAGUUGAGGGCGCGGAGGGAGAACGCCCAGAGGUGGGCUUCUUUCAGAAGCCGCCUCGAGAGGGGUAGGCUGCCUGCGGACAGGCACCUACGGGGCCCUCUGCUGGUUGGAGAGAGGCGGGUCACCCGUGGUCGGGUUGACCAGGGGGGGUUGGAGAAGGAUGUCCAAGACAUCCUGAAGAGGUGGCGGGGGUCGGCGGUGGUUGAGGGGGCCUCCAAUGCCCCGGCCUCUCCUCGGGAGGGCCGUGGGGCGGUGGAGAGGAGGAAGAAGGGAGAGAUGGUGGGGCGGGUGAGCGAUGAGCUCACCAAAGUCAAGAAAGAGCUCAUUGAGAGCAAGACCAGGGCCUGUGAGGCCAAGAAAGCCCGGCUUAUUGGAGCCAGAGAUGAGAUCCUCGCGGCCACCGAGCAGGUCAAAAAGGACCUGGAGGAGUUCAAGGCCCGAAGCCGCCCCGGGCAGGUGAGGGCGGCAACAAGAACGGUGAAGGCGAACAUUGUUCGCCUCACAGCCAAGUACGAGGCUCUGAUGGCAGAGCACGAGCGGGCCUUCGACGAGGUCGUCAAGGCGGAGAGGGAGCUGGUGGAGCUCCGGGGCAAGGUAGCUAAGCUACCUACCGGGAACCCAGGGGUCGUGGGGGAGUUUGCGGAGGGGAUCCUCAGGUCCUCGACCAAGACGGUCGAGGACCUGGGGGAGAAGGAAAAGGAAGGGCUGCGCAAGCAGCUAAAGGGAGAGAAGAGGGCUCUCCGAUCCCUCCAGCGCCGUUAA